AUGCCACUGACCCCGUCGCCAAAGUCUGUCGAUCCGAAGAACCAAGUUUUUGCCAUCAUUCGAAGUCGAGCAACUGCCGGUCCGCUUGAGGAGCUUGCCGCAAAGCGCAAAAACAUCCACAUUGUAGUGACCGAUAUCUCCGACCCGAGGAAAUUGGAUCAGGCUGCCGCCGAAGUCUCUAAAGUCACGGCCGGUUCGCUUGAUGUCUUGAUUCUCAACGCCGGCUCUGCAGGGCCGGAGACCAGCGUGCUGCCGCCAAGUGCGUUUCAUGGCAAGGAGGAAGCACUGGAGAACGAGAUUAAUGCGAACAUCAAAGCAAACCUGAUCAGUAACAUCUACGUCAUAAACUCCUUCCUCGACCUCAUUCGUCACGGCAAAGAGAAGAAGAUAAUAUUCGUUUCCAGUCAGAGUGGAGACAUUGAAUUCACUCGUAUCACUGGCCUUCCAGCCUUGCUGGGAUAUUCUAUCAGCAAGGCUGGCAUGAACAUUGUUACCACCAAGUUCGGCAUCGAAUUGGCCCAAGAUGGUAUCAAGACACUGUCUAUGAGUCCAGGAUGGGUAAAUACAGAUGCUGCAGUGACAGGCGAUCCGGAUGUACGCAAAUUCAUGCUAACUGCAUUCCGAAAACUUGACCCAAGCGUCAAUGGACCGAUACCGGUAGAUGAAUCAGUCACCGCUCAGCUUCGGGUGAUUCAGAGCUUGACGGAAGCGAACAGUGGGAAAUUUGUAUCACACCACGGAGACAGUAAGGAUUGGUUCUAG